AGCCGCUACUCUCAAGCGAAACUAGAGCUUUAUGGCCUAUUUCACACACUUCAGGCAGUAUGCGUAUUCAUCUUCAGCAUCACCAACCUAACAGUGACAAUGGUUGAGGUUGAUGUGAAGUAUAUAAAAGGCAUGAUCAAUAACCCAGACCUCCAACCCAAUGCAACCAUCAAUCAAUGGAUUGCAGGCAUAUUGUUAUUUCCUGUUACACUCAUUCACAUGCCCACUUCCAAGCAUACUGGAGCAGACAGUCUCUCAAGGAGACCACCCACAGAGUUAGAUCCUGCAGAGGAUGAUGACCACAAGGAUUGGCUUGAC